AUGGAUUUCAACGAAGACAAUAUCCGAGAGCUGCGAUUCCGUCUGGAGGCUGCGGCGAUUCAAUCGUCAGAGCGAUGUCUGUAUCAGUCCUCAAAAUGGGCCGCCGAAAUGCUGGACUCACUUGCGGAGCUGGACCACGAAGACACCGACCUCGAAUCGCCCAUGGACAUAACAGACCCUCCUGGACCUUCUUCGAACCCUUAUCUACGCGCUCAAGACCCAGUUGAAGCCGCACUGGAGGCCCAAGAAGCCCACAAGUACCUACUUGCAAAAUCAUACUUCGACACACGGGAAUACGACCGCUGCGCAGCUGUGUUCCUUCCUCCCACUGUAUCUCCUGUUCCUCUUUUUACGACAACUCCAAACGCAAAAUCAAAAAAACCGCGGACGUCAACCAAGGGCAAAGACAAAGCCUCCCCAUUUCUCGGCAAAAGCCAAAACGCUAAAAACCCGUACCCCAAAAUCAGUCAAAAAUCACUAUUCCUGGCUCUCUAUGCUAAGUAUCUGGCCGGUGAGAAGCGGAAAGACGAGGAGACGGAAAUGGUGCUGGGUCCGUCCGACAGCGGGAUGGCCGUCAACCGAGAACUUCCUGAUCUCGCUCGCGGAUUGGAAGGCCUUCUGAUGGAGCGGAGCGCGAAGGGCUUGGCUGACCGAGGCCAGGGAUGGCUGGAAUACCUCUAUGCUGUGGUCCUACUGAAAGGGCGCAAUGAAGAGCUGGCGAAGAAGUGGCUCAUUCAGAGUGUGCACCAGAACCCGUUUCACUGGGGCGCGUGGCAAGAAUUGAACGAUCUCUUGGGGAGCACUGAAGAUCUGAGACAAAUUGUCGACCUCCUGCCGCAAAACAUCAUGACUUUGAUAUUCCACGUCUAUUGCAGCCAAGAGCUGUACCAGGCAACGCGCGACACGUAUCAGGCCUUGACGGAGCUUGAGGACAUAUUUCCUCGUAGCGCAUUUCUCAAAACACAACGAGCCCUUCUCUACUACCAUGAAAAAGAGCUCGAAAGAGCAUCCGACAUUUUCACCGAAAUUUUGGAAGUAUCACCACAUCGCCUCGACAGUCUGGACCACUUCUCCAACAUUCUCUACGUGAUGAACAAGCGGCCCCAACUGGCUUUUGUGGCUCAAGUUGCAACUGCGACUGAUAAAUUCCGCCCAGAGACCUGCUGCGUUGUGGGUAAUUACUACUCUCUCAAGUCCGAGCACGAAAAGGCAGUCAUGUACUUCCGACGCGCAUUGACGCUUGACCGCAAUUUUCUGUCCGCCUGGACUUUGAUGGGCCACGAAUACAUCGAGAUGAAAAACACACACACCGCCAUUGAGUCGUACCGCCGCGCAGUCGAUGUCAAUCGCAAGGACUACCGCGCCUGGUACGGUCUCGGCCAGGCCUACGAAGUUCUUGACAUGUCGCACUACGCUCUGUUCUAUUACGAACGUGCUGCCGCGCUGCAUCCAUAUGAUCCAAAGAUGUGGCAAGCCGUCGGGUCUUGCUAUGCGAAGAUGAGCCGCAUUGAACAGAGCAUUCAAGCACUCAAACGUGCCCUGGUGGCUGGCUCUUACUAUGCGGAGGACGGAACUCAGCCAGGUACUGCUGCAAGCCCCGGGUCGCCCACAACGCGGAAAAUCCUCGAUCCAGAAACACUGCAUCAAAUCGCCACUCUUUACGAACGGCUUGAAGAUGAAGAAGAGGCGGCAGCGUACAUGGAACUGACCCUUCAACAAGAAAUGGGUGGUGCCCCCGUUGGUGGCGAGGAAAACUCAGACGAAGAGUAUUCGUCUGCCUCAGAACAUGCCGCCCACAGCGAUGCCGAAACCGCCCAUUCCGGAGACGAAGAUACGGACAUGCCAUCCCGACCGCGACGCCGGCGACAACGAGAUCGAGGCUCGUCGUUCGGUGUCCAGAAUGAUGAUUCAAUAGCCGAGGAGCACUGGCAGGGUACAGCUGUCACAGCCACUACGUGCAAAGCGCGCUUGUGGCUCGCUCAGUAUUCACUACGGAAUGGCGAUCUCGACCGUGCUGAUCAGCUGGCGAAUGAACUGUGCCAGUAUGGAAUCGAGGUGGAGGAGGCAAAAGCGCUAAUGAGAGAUGUGCGGGCAAGAAGGGAGGAUGCAGGGUAA